AUGGGUGAGCAGAGCGACAAGGAUAAGGAGGUGAUGGAGCGGGCGUUCAACCAGGCAACCGGAAACCUGGUGGAGAGGCGCCGGGAUCGGCUGGCUCUUGGAACCAUGAUCCGGGGCAUGCCAAAGGAGAUGCAUUCCAUGCUCCUGAACAAGAAGACGAUGAAGGAGGCAUGGGAUUUGGUCAAGACGAUGCGUCUUGGAGCAGAUCACGUCAAGGAUGUGAACGCCCAGAAGUUGUUGGUAGAGUUUGAGUCAAUCUCGUUCAAGCUAGUAGAGACCAUUGAUGAUUUCACCAUCCGCAUCACCAAGCGGGUGUUCCUAAAUCAGGAACACGUGUUCCCGACGGAAUGCGACGACGGGGUGUGGGUGCUGGACAUCGGUGCCACAAACCACAUGACAGGGUGCCGGGAGUCAUUGGCGAGCCUUGGCGAGUCAGUGCAUGGUGUCGUGCGCUUUGGAGAUAGGUCCAUGGUGGAAAUUCACAGGAUUGGUGUUGUGACGAUCGUCGGAAAGAACCAAGAUCACUACGUACUCACCGAGAUUGAUGAUGGCGUCCUGAAGGGGUUCGAGCGCCAUCAGGCUAUGAACCAGCAACGGGGCGUUCUGAUCCGGGCAGCGAGGAGAAAUAGCCUGUACAUUAUGAAGGUGAACUUGACCUCGCCCGUUUUCCUGAUGACCAAGAUGGAUGAGGAGGUGUGGCUUUGGCAUGCAAGGCAUGGACACCUCAAUUUCAGGUCCCUACAUGAGCUGGGUGCCAAGGAGAUGGUGGAGGGUGAUGGAUAUGUGAAUCUCGAUCUUCCGUCAGGUGAUGAUAACUAUCGUUUUUGUGGAUCAUGA